UUACAUCACCUUUCUGAUGCUUUGCUUUCUUAUACACACUGCUGAAGGCAGCACAUACAUUCCCACACCCUAGCUGAUCGGCUGCUUUUCACAACAAUGUACAUCACUAUAUUGAUACUUCUGCUGAGCAUUGUAAUCUUUGCAAGACGAAGACGGAAUCGUGUUUUUUUGGACCCUGAAGAACGAGCGGUUCUCAUCACUGGCUGCGAUUCAGGCUUCGGGAAUCAACUCGCUCGCAGGUUACUUGAUAUGGGCUUCAUGGUCUUUGCUACCUGCCUGUUCCCGGAAGGAGAAGGGGCUCUGUCUCUAAUAAAUCAUUCCUCCUCUGGGAAGGUGAGGGUGGUCAGGCUGGAUGUUACCAGUGACAAGGAGGUUGCUGAGGUGAAGCAGUACGUACAAGAUAACCUUCCUGCUAAAGGACUGUGGGGUAUUGUUAAUAAUGCUGGCAUAAGCAAGUGGGGACGUUUUGACUGGCACACAAUUGAAGAGUAUCGGCGAAUUCUAGAUAUUAACCUACUUGGAAGCAUUAGGAUCACACUCGCUUUUUCACCGCUGAUACAGAAAAGUAAAGGACGUAUGGUGUUUAUGUCGAGUAUAAGUAGUUAUUUGAGUGCGAUGAAUGGCAUAUACGCCAUGUCAAAAGCUGGUAUGGAGAAAUUUGGUGAUUCUCUGCGACUAGAUAUGAUGCAGAAUGGAGUGAAGGUGUGUCUGAUAGAACCCGGUAAUUAUUCGAAAGCUACAAAUAUCCAGCCCCAAAAAUCUGCUGAUGACAUCUGGAAUUCACUUCCUGCAGAUGCAAAGGAAGGCAUUAGCAAGGAAUAUGUGGAGAAAACCAACAAUUUAGUAAAUUUAUCUCUGUCUAAAGGUAGCAGUAAGGGCCAUGAGGUGAUAGAUGCAAUUGUAGAUGCUCUCACCUCGGAUACACCAAAGCCUCGAUAUUUAGUGGCCUCUAUUGCAGAGAAAAUAUCGGUUUAUCUUUACCUUUGGCUUCCAACCUCUCUGUUUGAUAAAAUCUUAUCCCGAGCUUCUUCUUGAUGAAAUAAAAAAAGGCAACAUUUCAUGGCCAAUAUACUUUUUAACCACUUAACCCCCGGACCAUAUUGCCGGU